CGUGAUAACAAGACAUGGGCGGGGCUAACCAAAUGACAGCAUAAAGAAAACUUUAUUAGCUAGCUGCUAACUUCAUCGUCUCUCUCAUGAUGUAAUUUGACAGAAUCGGCAGACUUCGAACCCACACAAGGAUCAUGGACCAAGAAGAAGAUGAUGCAAACGUGUGUCAGUGGCCCAGUUCAGUGCUGCUGAACAGCAGGAAUGUCCUGAAGGCAAGAGUGCAGCAGUUUGUAGAAGAGAGGAUGCAAACCACAAUGCUUACAGGUAUAGUCAUUGGAGCCGCUGUUGUCGUUUCUUUCAUUGGCAUCGUGGUGCUAUUCCUUUACAAGAGAUACAGACUUUCUCAUCAACAGCAACCAGGCGUUCCUCAGUAUCGCUUCAGAAAACGUGACAAAGUGCUCUUCUAUGGAAGGAAGAUCAUGCGAAAGGUCCAAACGCUGUCUUCAACUCCUCCCUCAUCCUCUACAUCAGUGUCAAAACAACCACAGCGCACACGCAAAAGGACGAAAGUUCUUAGCAUAGCUCGCAAAAUCCUGAGAAUCCGCAAAGACCCCCCUACCCUGCAGCCCAAAGAACCCCCUCCCUCCUUGCUGGAGGCUGAUUUAACCGAGUUUGAAGUGCAGAGCUCAAAUCUGCCGUCAGAGGUUCUCUAUAUGCUUAAAAAUGUUAGGGUUUUGGGUCAUUUCGAGAAACCUCUGUUUCUGGAACUGUGCCGCCACAUGGUGUUGAUUGAGCUUCAGGAGGGCGAGGUUCUCUUUAAGCCAGGAGAUGACGAUGACAGCAUCUAUGUGGUCCAGGAUGGUCGGCUUGAACUCUGCAUCCAAGAGAACGAUGGAACUGAGCCUGUGGUGAAAGAUGUCCUUCCAGGAGACAGUGUCCACAGUCUGCUCAGUAUUUUGGACAUCAUCACCGGUUACCCAGCUCCUUAUAAGACCGUAUCGGCCCGUGCUGCGACUCGUUCCAUCAUCUUGCGUUUACCUGCAUCAGCCUUUGAAUCCGUUUUUAAGAAAUACCCAGAGACACUUGUGCGUGUGAUUCAGAUAAUCAUGGUGCGCCUUCAGAGAGUCACCUUUUUGGCUUUGCACAACUAUCUAGGCCUCACAACGGAGCUUUUCAACCCGGAGAGUCAGGCUGUGCCUUUGUCUAAUUUAAACAGCGUGAUGACUGAGGCAAGUUCUGGAAAACUGACUCGGCGUCUCCACUUCCAGGAGGACUUGGCUUCUGGGGCAAGUGAGAGCUCUGGAGAACAAGAAACAGACGGUGUAAAGGACAGCCCUUUAAACAAGAGGCUGCGAUCUAUCUCAAUGCCAGCUGAUAUUACAGUGACAGGAAAUGACCUGAACAUGGCUUGUGAACGAGCUCGAGUCACAAUAGAGGAGACUCCAUCCAGUCCCGCCACUCACAAAUCUAGUCUGAAAAAGAAUGUCACAAUGCAGCACACGCCGUCUGAAGUGUUUCAUUACACUGACAGUGGAGGGCAGUCUGACGCCAUCCACCUCAGUAAGAGCAACACAAUUCUCCAGGCUGCCAAGAAAGACUUGCAAGGCAUCAUCCAACUGCAGGACCCUGGUCUGCUUGAAAGAAGAGUCACUCUCCAUCAUGUUAAAGCUGGUUCUGUGAUUGCUCGUCAAGGAGACCAGGAGGUGAGCAUCCAGUUUGUGAUUUCGGGCCUCCUUCAUGUGUACCAGCGCAUGAUUGACCGUGAAGAAGACACACGGCUGUUUGUGACUCAUCCCGGAGAGCUUGUUGGUCAGCUUGCAGUUUUGACUGGAGAGCCUCUCAUAUUUACUGUGCGGGCCCAGAGAGACUGCAGCUUCCUCUCAAUUUCCAAAACCCACUUUUAUGAGAUAAUGCGUGUGGAACCAAAAGUGGUUCUGACUGUGGCUCACACAGUUUCUAGGCGGAUGUCCUCUUUUGUUCGGCAGAUAGACUUUGCUCUGGAUUGGAUGGCAGUGGAAGCCGGCCGAGCCGUAUACAGGCAAGGAGAAAAAUCUGACAGCACUUUCAUCGUGCUGAGCGGUCGACUGCGCUCCGUCAUCAUGAAGGAAGACGGCAAAAAGGAAUUGAUUGGAGAAUAUGGACGUGGCGACCUGAUCGGAGUGGUGGAGGCCUUGACUCAUCAGAAUAGAGCCACCACGGUCCACGCUGUACGCGACUCCGAACUGGCAAAGUUGCCUGAAGGAGCUCUGAGCUCCAUUAAAAGAAAGUUCCCACAGGUUGUCACCAGAUUGAUCCAUUUACUUGGGCAGAAAAUUCUCCAGCAGGUGAACGGUCCUUUGACAGCUCGUAGUUUAGCCCUCAAAUCUCCAGGAAGCAAGUGGGAUGCAGGGAAUCCGGCCUCAAACCUUUCAACGGUGGCAGUGCUGCCUGUAUCUGAAGAGGUGCCUUUGACAGCCUUCACUCUGGAGCUACAGCACGCGCUCAUCGCUAUAGGACCCACACUUUUGCUGACCAGUGACAUCAUUAAACAGAGGCUUGGAGCUGCAGCUUUAGACAGUGUCCAUGAGUACCGUUUAUCCAGCUGGCUGGGCCAACAGGAAGACAUCCAUCGUAUAGUUCUCUACCAGACCGACUACACGCUGACCCCAUGGACACAGCGCUGCAUUCGUCAGGCUGACUGCAUCAUUAUCGUGGGAUUAGGAGAGCAAGACCCAGCUGUCGGAGAGCUGGAGCGCAUGUUGGAAGGAAGUGCCGUCCGUGCCCAGAAGCAGCUGGUGCUGCUGCACAGAGAAGACGGGCCUCCCCCGCAAGGAACUGUGGAAUGGCUGAACAUGAGAAGCUGGAUUUCCAGACAUCUCCACCUCUCCUGUCCCCGAAGGGUCUUCUCUAAAAGAAGUCUCCCUAAGCUGUUGGAGCUUUACCAGCGUGUGUUUGAGAAGCCUGCAGACCGCCACUCUGACUUCUCCCGUUUGGCUCGCGUUCUCACAGGAAACGCCAUUGCUCUCAUCCUCGGAGGAGGGGGCGCAAGGGGUUGCUCCCAAGUGGGGAUAAUGCGAGCACUCAGCGAGGCGGGCAUCCCAGUGGACCUGAUUGGUGGGACGUCGAUCGGUUCCCUGAUGGGCGCUCUGUAUGCCGAGGACCGCAGCCACAGUCGCAUGAGGGUCAGGGCUAGAGAAUGGGCAAUGGAAAUGACCUCUGUUUAUAAGAAGUUUCUGGAUUUGACUUAUCCCGUUACGUCCAUGUUUUCCGGGUCAUCAUUUAACUCGAGCAUCAACAAUGUCUUCAAAAGCAAGCAGAUCGAGGACCUUUGGAUCCCGUAUUUUAAUAUUACAACAGACAUCACUGCAUCUGCCAUGAGAGUGCACACUGAUGGUUCUCUUUGGCGGUACGUUCGUGCCAGCAUGACCCUGUCUGGAUAUCUGCCUCCCCUCUGCGACCCGAAAGAUGGACACCUGCUGAUGGAUGGGGGCUACAUUAACAACCUGCCUGCUGAUGUUGCACGCUCCAUGGGGGCCAAGGUGGUGAUAGCUAUCGACGUGGGCAGCCGGGAUGAAACCAACCUCACUAAUUACGGCGACUCGCUCUCUGGCUGGUGGCUGCUAUGGAAACGCUUCAACCCCCUUGCUGAGAAAGUGAAGGUGUUGAACAUGGCAGAGAUUCAGACACGCCUGGCCUACGUGUGCUGUGUGAGGCACCUGGAGUCCGUUAAGAGCAGCGACUACUGCGAGUACAUUCGGCCUCCAAUCGACAGAUACCGCACUCUGGAGUUUGGCAAGUUUGAUGAGAUUGCCGAAGUGGGAUACCAACAUGGGAAGACUGUGUUUGAUGUGUGGAGCCGCAGUGGCGUCGUCGAGAAAAUGCUGAAAGACCGACACCAGGAGGAGUUCCACAACACCCAAAAUAAGAACGUGGUGACGUGUCCAAACGCUUCCUUCACUGACCUGGCAGAAAUCGUGUCCCGCAUUGAGCCGGUCAAACUUCCACUGGCAGACGAGGAGUCAGAGUACCAUACUGACUAUGAAGAGGAGGCAUUGGAGAGUGCUCUGUCAGACAUGGAGGGCUACAGUCACUAUAGCGAGCACACUGAAGGGGAAGAGACUGCAGACACGGUGUGAACAUUUGGGAUGAAGAGAUGGAGGGUAGAGAAGAAUGUCCAACUCCUUCGCUCACCAGCAGCGUCUCUUCAGCUGACCCUGACAGUCCACCGAAAGAGCAGACAAACCAGCAAGUGCAUUCCAAACAUUAAACUCGACAAAAGCUGCCUUCAGUCACCAGUGUUUCCUUCUACCCGUCACCUUUAUUUUAGAAGCACUGACCUUUCUGAUUCUUGUUUCAAUUUGACGUUGGCAGUGUAGACAAAACAAAUGAACUGUCUUUAUAACAGCACAUCAGUAAUGCAUCAGUAACACUCGUGUAUUCAGCAGCUCCAAGCCUUAUCGUUUCUCAUAUUGAGAUAGCUGAAAGGACUUCUUAGAGUGCUACAUAAAUCACUUCUGUCCAUUGGAUCAUAAAAACACAAAAACAGGGCAAGAAAACCUUAUUUCCAUGAAAUAAUCUGACUUUACACCUAAAGCUGUUUAGUCACUGACUAAAUGGAGUUGAUUAACAAAUCUUUUACAAUAUUGAAGACACUUUAAAGGUUAGUUCACUUUAUUUAAAAAAAAUCCAAUUUUCCUUUGCGUUUCUUAAGACAAGUUAAAGCAACAUGAAGGAUUUCAGCAUUUUUCUCAGAUAUCUGCACCACUGUCAGUUCAAGUAAUACUUUGACCAAUGUUGCAUUUUUUUGCACUUCUUGUAAACUUUGCAUUGUUGACAUUCACCUCUGUUCUAGUUACAUAAAAUGUUAACUUCAGGAGUCUUCUGUUGUUUUUCUCAUGAAGCCAAGUAAAGGGCUCAGUGAAAAGGAAAGAGAAUUCAGUCCAAGUUAAGAGUGUUCAGAUUAUCUGAUACAUGUAGUCUUCGUUUACAGUAUUUACAUUAUAUAUAAAAAAAAAAAAACAAUUGACAUUUUAAAAACUGAUUUAAUGUAGAAACAUUAUACCAAGCUGCUGUUACAUAAAUAAAUGUGGAAAGGAUUUUUUGGGAAGAGAAAGUUAAAUUAUUAGUUAUUCUUUUAUAUUUGUGUCAAAACUAACAAAUGAAGGAGGGCAAAUUUUGGUUUCUAACAUUUGAGACUAAAAGCUGCGAGUUAGUCCUGUACCCUGUCCUGCUGGAGGGAUCCUUACUUUUGUCUUUAACAGGAAGUAAAGCCGGAACAGAAAGGCUUCAGAUUUUGCCUUGACUGCAUCAGUCUUUAUCGAAGCGGCUCCGCAGAACAAAAAAAAGCACAAAAUGAACACUUCUGACUCUUUGCCCCUUCAACCUUCUUCUAAACUGAUUUACUGACUAGAUUAUAAACUGUUUCAAAAAUGAAAAUUCCUCUGUGUAGGGAUUUUUCUGUGGUUGGCUUGCCAAAAAAAAACAAAAGUGAGGAGACAAAGUGCAGAAUAAGCAUAGCAUAUGCUUUUGCUGUUCCUGUCAGCAGAGGCCUGUCUUUUUCAUUGAGCCACAGAGAUGCAGGGAGUUGAUGAUCGCAGUCCACUUCAAAGCUCCUGAUUUUUCCCUCGUGGCUGACGAGUCUCCACCAAUCUGUUCUGCACAUUGAAACCUUCUAAUCAGCAUAGUUGGGCUGCAGCGUUUAGGCUGUCGCAUGAAUGUCGUAACAAACUAUUAAGAUUAUCAGCUUUUAUUUAUUUUUUUGCCCAAAGUGUCUUGUCUGUAUUUGUAUUUGGCCUUUUUACUGGUCGUGGAUUUUUUUUUUUUUUUUUAAUAAUCUGAUGACAAAAAGGGCCUAAAAAAACGAACUAUAUAAACAAUACACAAAUUCCAGAUUUAUGGUAAAAUCUCGGCUGUUGUGGAUUUUCUAUAAUAAUCAUCUGUACUAACUGAAAACAUAUUCAGAACUGUAAAAUGUGGUGUAAAAGUGGCUUUUUUGUCUAAUCAACAAUGAAAUAUUCAAAUAAAGGUAUUCUUGCAUUUUUGAUCAUUUUACUUUGUUUUGCUGAUUGGAUAUUGGCUGCAAUCAGAAGUAGAAUUUAUGGAAAAAUCAUUUACCUGCUUUAUGACAAAUAGUCACAGAAUUUUGAUUUUGAAAUGCUCAGAAAAAUUAUGGGUACACAGAAAAAUGCUGUUUGUGAGGUUACUUUGUUUUUGUUUUUAUUCUCCACAAUGGAAUGAUGUCAUCUGACAGAAUGAACGAGUGGCUGCUUUAAUAAAAGGGUCACGUUGAUGAAUGAAGUGCUGAUGUAAUGGAUGAAGCUGUGCCACAAACUUAAUAUAUGAAAGCCUUAGGUGAGUGAUGUAUGAGAUGCAAUCUGUGCCCUCAUUUGACGCUCAUUUGGAUUAUUGCAUUGUAUAAAAAUGUUUACCAUUAAGAUUUCCACUUAUGAUUCUGUUUUUUAUUUAUUUAUCAAUAAAGCUGUUAAAAAUUUCA